AAAUAUGGUAGGACCGAAGUCAACAAUAAAAAAGAAAAAUUAAUUAAUGUAUAUAUAUUUUUGCUCAAGGAACAUAGUAACUGUCAAGAGUCAAGUCAAGAAUAUAUACAAUAAACAACAAAAUGACCCCAAAUGUAGCCCCAAAACAGAAAAAAACAGCAACUUGCGAAAUCUUAUUGUGAAAUUUACAACCGGAAGUAAGGCUACGUGUCGUGGCUGAGUUGACGCAGGAUGCUGCAAACACACACCGUCUCUUGGCGGACAUGGCGGCAACUUGAUGAAGACGGCGAGGGCUUGAAAAAGAAAAAAAGACGUCUGUAGCAGGCUGUAGCUAGGCCCCAUCGCGCUGACACCAAAAGGCAACAGUUCUUCGCCAUGUUGGAAGACGAUAGCGCCCUUGUCCGCGCACGACCGAGGCCGGGGAAAACGUAAGCGCGUCAGUGAGUGUUUCUAAAAGCGGAGUCGCGGCUACGCAGAGGAGCGGAGCGGCGCCGCGCGGCAGCUCGGGGCGGACGGGAGGACAGCCAUGGAGGAUGCGGCCCGCGGUCGCAGGAGUCUGAUUUCCCACCCGGCCCACGCUCCUUUGGAUGGGAAUUUCCGCUGAGCGCGACGGAAAGCCGGGACAACCCACUAGCCGACUCUUAAGGGGAGGAAAACGCGAUCGGCUCCCGACGUCCAUGACUGUUGCGGCAGAGGAGCCCCCACGGUGGAGUCGGCCGGUUCCCAAAAUAUGACCAGGGGUGCUGGGACGUGUUGGCAGCAAGAAGACGACGACGGCUUCCAAAUCUGGCUCGAGCCCCCUCGCGACCACCAAAAGCCAUUCACCGACUCUGAGAGGGCGCAGAGAUGGCGACUGUCCUUGGCAUCUCUCCUGUUCCUCACCGUCCUCCUCUCUGAUCGCCUGUGGUUCUGCGCCGAGGCCAGGCUGGCCCGAACCCCGGACAAGUUCGCGUCCUCCCACCUCCGCUCCCCCCACACCCACUCGGUGCACAUCAGCCUCACAGAGAACCCCCACGCUAUUUUUCUAGGAAACUCCACCAAACAUCUGUGUCGCCUCGAAACUCGCCACCGGGACAGUUCGCCCGGCGACUGCUUCGCCUUCGCGGAUGCGGACGACCUGUGCCGCGGCCUCUCCGACAAGCAGGGCCCGCGGGUCGCUAACAUGAGCGACUUGUACCUGUCCUUUUGUAACUCCUACUCUCUCCUGGACCUGUUCGACGCCUCGGCGAGCCCGGACAACCUGAACUGCAGCGUCCGGGCGCUGGAGGACGGCGACGCGACGCGAUGCGGCGAGUGCGUCCAGGCGUACCAGCGCUACGACCAGCACGCCCAGGAGAAAUACGAGGACUUUGAGCUCCUGACGGAGAAAUACGAGCCGGGGGCUUAUUCGGUGAGGACGUGCAUGGAGCAGUGCAAGAUGGCCUAUAAGCCCUGGCUCUGUGCUCAGUACUUCCCCAACAUCAAGCAGUCUUGUAAGAGGAAGAUACCGUGCCAUCGGUACUGCCUGGAGGUCCAGCAGAGCUGUCCGUUCAUCCUGCCCGACAACGACGACCUGAUCCACGGCGGAAACCCCAGCUUCAUCUGCACAGGGCUCCUGGGAAACCAUCCAUCAGACGGCGAGGCGGAGUGCUGCGACGUUCGAUGGGACUCCAAAAUGGACAGCCCUUCAGGCAGCACACUUAAAAGGACUGCUUCUUCCUGCCAGCCCGAGGGGGCUUCGGUCACUUCCGCCGCCAGCCCGAGACUGUGCAGCGGGCGACUGAAGAUAUGCCUGCUGGCUCUCGUCCUCCUACAAACUGUCAUCAUCAUCUCAGCCUCGCAUAACUCUACGUUGCUGGACGUGGCCGCCAUUUUCUCGCCGGAGGAGGCCGCUCCGAACGAGGAGUGAACCCCUCGAUGGGGGGCGUUGGGGAGCGGGGUUAUGGCUUUUUACAGUGUCAUGGCCGCCAGGGACGCAUCUGGCGAGACGUGCCAGAGAUGUCACCGCGAUCUGCUGCCAAACGAAGCGUCAAUCACACAACGCGGGAGGGCUUGAACUGGAGAUCUCUGGGCUGGGAGCGGACAUCGACCCAACCGAGAUGUUCGGGGACCACGCCCUACGAAGAACUGACCUCUUGCCACUAGAAACCUGCUCAUUGUUUCUAUCUCAUCCAAAUGUUUUCUAGCAUAUCGUCCCCGUUUUCCUCCCCCUCCUACCUUCCCUCUCCUCUGGUUUCAGUGUCUGGAUGGGUGAAACGGACAUUGACGACGUGUGCAUUCCAGCUCAUCGUUACCUUUAGAUUUUUGCUGCACUUUUUCCUCCUGGGUGUCAGAUUAUUUUGACGUUUCCACGCUGUUCUUCUCUCAAUCCUUCAUCUCCAUUGGUGCGCCAUUCGUGUUGUUUGCUCAAGGGCCUGUUGGCAUCAGCUCAUCCUUUAGUUGUGGGUCAUGCUUUCCCUCAGAAAUGUGGUUCUCCUGUGUUCUGUUGUCGAGCUUAUGUUUUUUUUUUCUACUGGAUCUUUUGUGAACCCCUUACAACGGCACAUGCCUAAGCAUUUUAGGACCUUAAGUGCUCUGAGACUCGCUUCCUCCUCUGACUUGUUCUGCAGUUGGAUAAGUUGGGAGUCAAGUGGGAAAGUUGGUGAUACUGCAACUGUCCGAGGCAUUUUCUUUGACUUUUUUUUUUUGGUCUUUGACGGGACGCUGCUUGUUCUAAAGCGUUUAGUUCACCUUACACCACAGUGGCUCGUCUUACUGGUUAAAUUGGUUGUGUGGGAGAACGCUGGAGUUGGAAAAGGCCAGAACACAGGGAGCCUCACUCAUCAACCAUGAACCUGUCUCCAUAAAUAGACUUUUCCCACCAAUCGGUUCCACUGCUUUGCCAGAGAUGGUGCAAAAUCCACUUCUUAACUGGUCCAGUUUGGGUUUUCACAACCAGAAAACAACUCUUAUUAUUUAUCUCAGUAUUCCUACAAAACAAAUGCACGAGUAUCCCCAUCUUAGUUAUUAAAAGUUAUAAACAAACUCCAGAUUUGACUAUAACAACAGACAGCUGGGACUUAUUAGAGCA